CAAUGAGUGAGUUUGACGCUGUGUGAUGCAGAAAAUGGUGGUCUGCGUCAAAUCAAGAAUUGCAACGAACUAGUGCGAGGCUCGUCUAGACGAUGUUUCUAUAGUCGACUUAACGCCCAACUUCGAGUUGUCAGUGUCACCAAGCGAAGAAAAAGCAUACGCACCCAAGUGCCCCAAGACUCGAUCCCAUGAUCCAUCUAUGCUAAGCUACGCAGCUAGCGCAGAGGAAUCAGCGCAAAGGCGAAGCAUCAAUUCGAACCACGUUCGAAGAUGUUCCUCAUCGUUCAAGCCACGACAGAGCCAAGUGAAGUAGAAUCUACACUCGGGCAACUACUCACGCUAUGUCUGCUCACCAUGGAGCUUGAUGGUGAAGUCACUACAGACGAUGCGUACGCGUCAGGAUCGGUGCACCGGAAUCCUCGACAGGAUCCGAGUCGGACAAUUCUCUCUGCUGGAUCGUACAAACAAGCAUCGUGAGCCAGCCAUAACUUUGGGAGUCUGGCCCCAGUAUGUCGUCGUACGGCGAAGUGAACGUGUUGAUUCUCAGCAACGCGGCAACGUCGUGCUGCAGAGAACGAGAUCCUGGCACAGUUUCGGUGCGAUUCACGAAGUGGAAUCCUGUCUUUUCACAACUUGGCAUCCACUCUCAUUUCUCCGAGAGGAAUGCGAAAGCUUUGCACGAUAUGGACAGCCGUUUUAUGAAUCGCCGGAGGAUUGCCAUUCCGACACUGCGAUAAUUCUACCUUAUGAGGUCAUUGUCUCGCGCUCGCGCAUUGCCAGUGUGCUCCUGUUGUGGGGUGCAGUGCGGCUUGUGGAGCAGGGUCUGAAUUUUGUCGAUCAGGGGGAGUGUUUGUACGCCUGCAGUCCUACCGGGCGCGCAAAGGAGAAUUCUUGGGUCCUUCGGGUAUCUGAAACGCUGCUGUGCCGGGCAUUUUCCCAGGAAGGGCACACACGCGAAAUGUAGCAAGAAUGAUGACGGGAUCCUCGGGCGAGGCUGACUGUGAUGAUUCCAUUCGCUCAAAGUCCGCUUAGGCAAAACAGUUUCAUGCAGAUUGCGUAGAGCAUUCCUCGGCACGCCGGUACAUGUUAUGUGCGGACAUGGUUUGUUGUGAAUGCGCGUCCUCAAGAGUCAAGUGGAGUGUCUGUGUGAGGUUCGGAUUGGAUGUUUCUGCGGGCGGGCGGAUGAAAUGAAUUCUUGAAGGAGAGGAUGGAGCAAGAUAGAUGUAGAUCUGGGAUGGGUCAAUGGCAGAAAGAGGCAAUGAACUGCCAUAAGCGAAGUCUUUCUC